AUGGCAGUUGAGCUCCGGGCAAACACGACCCAUAUGCUACAACCAUGCGAUCAAAAGACUAACAAAGUUUUCCAACAAGAAAUACGUAGGACAAGGGAUUUAUUGCUGAACAUGAGCCAUUUCUCAUGGGCAAACACGGCUGUGAAAAUUAAGCUGGCGGUCGCUGGUCACAAAGCUCUAACCUCAGAUAUCGCCAGAGCCUCGUUUCGGGAAGCUGGGCUCUGGUCCAUGGAUUUUCGCUUCAUGUUAUUUUUGGAUGACAACAGCACUCGAAAAUUAAACAGAAACCAAGGUGAAUCUCCUGGGAUGGGGUUGGCAAUGCUUCAUGACGCAGACGGCAGCACUAUCUCGCGACGAAUUUGA